ACUGAUGCUCCUGCUCCAACCCCACAAAUUACACCGCACACCUCCCUCUCUCUUUCUCGCAACCCCCUGAAAUUUGAGGACUCAAGUUUCUAAAUCUGAGUUAUAAGCUCUGAAGAAAGGCAUCCCUAUGUCGUCCCUGAGCUUCUCACUUGGUGCUCAUCGUGCGUGGCACAUAUUCGUCAAAAUAGUAAAUGUGCGCCACACAACGGCUUUGAAUCAAGCGGGAUACAGUCAAUUCUCUGUAUUUAAUAGUCUGAAAUGAGUUUCUAAAUAAGUAGAGAUCGUGUGAGUCUGGAAGGAAGCUCAUGUGCACUGGAGUUGGGGAGCUGCAGAAGCUUCACAUUUGGCGACCUCUGAUUAAGGCGAACGCCUUCAUCCACCGCUUUGGCAUUCAUCCCGCUUCUGCAGGCUCUGCACCGGUUUGCACAUGGUGCCCUCAGGACCUAUGUUUGUUUGUGUCGCUUUCAUGUGAACCAUCGAACCAGAGGCUGAGGCUUGAAGCUUCAGGAAAUACCUCCGCCGAGGCUCAGGCCUUCAGAGAACUUUUAGCAAUUCGCCUUCCUGAUCGUCUCCUUCACAUGAGUUUGUUAGGGUUUGGCAUUCGCUCCAGGUUGUUUGCGAGUUCAUUUUGCGAUGGCGGGCGCUUUGGUUAAAUUAGGACAAGCCUGGGGGUGGUACCAGGCGAAGCUGGCGCAGUCGCCUGUUCGCACUCAGAUGAUCACGUCGGGAGUUCUUUGGGCAGCCGGGGAUUAUUGUGCGCAAUCGAUUAGUCGGGAUAUUGGGCGGCGACAAGUGGUGAAGAAAGGUCUGGUUGCUGUGGACAGCGAGAAGAAGGUGGUGGAGAGCACAGAUUGGAAGAGGGUUGCUCUUGCUAGCUCCUUCGGGGUUGGAUUUGUCGGACCCAUUGGACACCUGUGGUAUGAGGGGUUAGAGACAUUUGUUAUGAAAGGAUUAAAGCUUAGGGUAAACUCGGUAAGCUUCAUCGCCACGAAAGUGGCAUGUGAUGUUCUUGUAUUUGGACCCAUCCACUUGCUAGCUUUCUUCUCGUACAUGGGCUUGAUGUCGGGGGUGCCAUGGGCGACGGUGAAGCGCGACGUGGAGCGGGACUUCAUUCCCACGUACAUGACGGAGGGAUUAGGGUGGGGAGUCGUGCAAGUGGCGAAUUUCCGAUUGAUUCCUGUGAGGCACCAGCUUCUAUAUGUGAAUGUGUUUUGCUUGUUGGAUAGCGCCUUUCUGUCGUGGGUGAAACACCAGGACGACGCUCCAUGGAAAAGGUAUUUGACGUCGCUGGUUUCCAAGAAACCGACUUCGACGGCUUCAUGAUGCGGAUUAUUCAUUGGGGGUUGAACAUUAUUCGCUCUGUUUUUCUUUUCUGAUGCUUCAAUCCAGUUCUUGGUAGUUGAUACUCUUUCAAUACAAUACGAUUUAUAGUCCUCACGAACAUUGAAAUUUAGGUUGGAGACUAUUUCAUUCAAGAGUUUUAGGUGAACCGUGCCUAUUCAAAGGCAUUGAGACAGAAAUUGAGUGUAUCAUUAUGCAAGAAGCCAAUCCACAUCGCCAGUCUCCGACUGCGUUGUUGUAGAAUUGGAAUUUCAUCCAUGAUCAAUCACGGAUUGUUUGUUAACCGCUUCCCUCA